AUGGGGGAUUUCAAUUCCAUUCUUCUUUCUGGGGAUAAAGAGAAUGCCAAUCCAGUCACUGAUGCUGAAACUAGGGAUUUUGAAGCUUGUUUGGAUAGAGCUGCAUUGUACGAAUUGAAGAGUUGUGGUCACUUUUUCUCUUGGAGCAACAAAGGUCAAGGAAAUCCGAGGAUCAGCUCUAGGAUUAAUAGAGCUCUCGGCAAUAAAGUGUGGCAUUCUGGCUUUACUGAUGCUGUUGUGGAUUAUAUUAAUCCAGGUUUAUCUGACCAUUCUCUUUUAUUGAUGACUUGUACAAUUAACUUGAAUAGCGGGAGUAGACCUUUUAAAAUUUUCAACUAUAUGGCAUAUCAUCCUAGUUUUCUUAAGGUAGUGCAAAAAGGGUGGGAAGUUGAGUAUCAAGGCAGUUCAAUAAAGGAUGUAGGAAAGGUGCAGACUCAACCGGCUGCUAAUCACACUGAUGUUACCAAGAAGAGCACUGAUAAAGAGUGUAUUGAUAAACUGAAGAAGUUUCUUCAUGUUCAAGAGUCUUCCUAUAGGAAGAAAUCUAGAAUCCAAUGGUUACAAGCUGGUGGAUUAGAACUCUAA